AAGAGAGAACAAGAGAUUCUUCUUCCCUUAGCAAAACUUUUUCACUUCUCUUUAUGGAAGCGGGAAUCAUCCUCCGAUUUCGAAUCCCAUGGAACCCUAAUCGUAGAUUCUCUCCUCCUUCCCCCAGUCUCCCGGUCUUCAUCAGAGCUUCCUCGACAUCACAGCAGAGCGGUAGCAGUUACAGAGGUCCGAAACCUACGAAGAACUUGGUGGCGGAUUUUGUUUCCAGAAACGACGAUGGUGUCCGGAGCUUGCCAAUCUACGUCGGAGGCGCUUCUCUGUUGGCCGUUCUCUUCAAUCGCGCCGUUUCCGGCAUCGCUCCCGUCGCCGAUGCAAGCAGUUCGCAGUCAAGAGCAGAUCUAUUGGCGCUUGGCUUGGCUGUGACCAAUAUAUUGACUGGUCUUGUUUGGUUAUCGAUCCGGCCAAAGACUAUAACACCCGUACAGCCUCAAGGUGUGGAGUGCGAAGUGGUAAAUUCUGAUCUUCCUGCACCUAUCGUCUCUGAGUUCAUAUGGGCUUGGGAUUCUCUUUCGACUUCGACAUGUUGCAGGUCUCUAGUUAUCAUCUACGACGGAAUUUGCCUUCUUCAGAUCGGAAUGGCUGCUGAAUCCCCGGAAGAUAGGAGACUGGUCACUGUAAAUACUGACAAAUUGAUGAAAGGAUCGGUUUACAAAGGCGUAAUGAAAUCUGGAGCUCAGAACUACUUGGCCAAUCUCUCUCUGUAUCCCGGGAGAUCCGAGCUGCCAUUUCUGCCCUCGAAUACACAGGCAGUGAUUCUGCAGCCUCUCGGGGAUAAAGGAAUUGCGGUCAUUGGCGGAAACACGGUCAGAGGCUUCACUUCUUCGGACCAGGCAUGGAUUUCAUCCAUUGGGGAGAAGCUAGAUGCCACACUCGGAAGAGUGAAUCUCCCGAGAUAUCUCUGAGAAGCAAAUUGAAAUGAACGACAGAGGGAUUAUAGGACUAAAGAGGUUUGAGAUAUGUACAAUUGAGUUUUUCAGAAUAAUAUUUUACAUAAAACAAAUGUAAAUCGUUUUGGAAAUCUCAAGCUAAUGCAGACUGCACAGAACCCUGAAUCCUAA